GAUUCCACCCUCACGAGUGAUCGCAUGCGCGCGCUGCUACUCAUGUUGUGAGGACACGCAUCUGUUUACACAUCUACAUGUAGAACUCGCCUUCAAGUCCCUGUGACAUGGAUAAUUAGAUUUUCAAUAGUCUGGUGGUUCUGAUUAAGUGUUAUGGUUACGGUAAAGUCCUCCAGACUGAUGGAAACAACUGUGUGAGCAUCUGGACGUGUUUGAGGCGGGGCUUCACUGUGAAAUUGGAAUUUGGUCUUGCGUUUCUCACUUCACUUAAAAAGUGCUGUGGCGGAGACGUUGCGUGACUGCGCUACACAUCGUGAGAUGCCGCUCAGACUUGCCGCAGCUCGCUCACUGUUGAUGUGAAAAUAUCCCGCGAUGAUGUGCAGGUUCGUAAAGAUGGUUGGAGCUGAAGCAGACACUUGUGGAAUAUUCCUGCACUACAGCAAAAAGACUUCUUUACCUCUCUGGGACUAGAAACGGGGUUAUGGGUGGCCCGUCUCUCUGUGAACAGCCCGCAAGUUUGAGUCCUUUGACACACUUUGCUGAGAUGAGUACGUACUACAUCGUGAUUGAAGUAGCAAUUGCUGUUCUCUCAAUAUCCGGCAACAUACUGGUGUGCUGGGCUGUCGCGAUCAACACCACUCUGAAGAACGCCACCAACUAUUUCUUGGUGUCCCUGGCUGUGGCUGAUAUUCUGGUCGGUUGCCUCGCCAUCCCUUUUGCCAUAACCAUCAGUACCGGCAUAUAUCUGGACUUCUAUGGAUGCCUCUUCCUGGCCUGUUUUGUCUUGGUACUGACACAGAGCUCCAUCUUCAGUCUUCUUGCUAUUGCAAUUGAUAGAUACCUGGCUGUCAAAAUUCCUCUGAGGUACAAGGAGUUAAUGACAGGAAAAACUGCCAGAGAGAUCAUAGCCAUUUUAUGGAUCCUCUCCUUUGUCAUUGGCCUCAUCCCCUUCUUUGGCUGGAACCUGAAGUACUCCAGCUGCAGGAACAGCAGCUCUGGGUCAGACAACACUAUAAACGCUGGCCUCACACAGGGACUGAGUGGAGGAGAAGACUCACUACGGAGCUGCAAGCUCAAGUGUUUCUUUGAGAGUGUGGUGGACAUGCACUACAUGGUCUACUUUAAUUUCUUCGUGUGUGUGCUGCUGCCACUGUUCAUCAUGCUGGGCAUUUACCUGAAGAUCUUCACUGUGGCCAGGAACCAGCUGAGACAGAUUGAGCUCAGGUGCGUUGGCAACGGGGACAACCAUCACCAAGGGCUGCUGCAGAAGGAGAUCCGGGCUGCCAAAUCCCUCUCCAUCAUUGUGGGACUGUUUGCUGUCUGCUGGCUGCCUGUCCACAUCCUCAACUGCCUCACACUGUUUUACAAGGAGCUGCAGAAGCCGCCGGUUGUCAUGUACGUGGCCAUCAUUCUGUCUCAUGCCAACUCUGCAGUCAACCCCAUCAUCUACGCUUACCGUAUCCAGGACUUCAGGAAUACCUUCCGCAAGAUCCUGACACAGCACUUCCUGUGUCACAGAGAGGAGCUGUACCUCAACUCCAGCGGCAGCAGACGCAACAGAGACCAGAUCCACAUGACCAUCGACCCUCUGCUAUAGAGUGUCGUACAGAGGAGGAGUAUCUGUGUCAGCUCUGUUGUUCCAGUGUUGAAUUUUACAUUCACUGAGGUUUAUAAUGUUUACAGAACAAAGACAAACUGACAUCAAAUGCGCCUUCAGUGUGGACAUUUAUUUAUGAAUCGUGCCGAGCAUCAGGGGUCGAGCAGUGACAUGUUGAAUGCUGAGUCUUACAUAACUUUUAUAUUAUGAAGGAUUUUUGAUUAAAAAAACAGAUUGAAGCUAACUGGAUUUGUAAGACUGAACAAUCCAAACAUCAAGUUUUAUUUAUCACUCUGAAUCCACCAUGUUACUCUUCCAGUGUUUGAUUAUUUAUUUAUUUCAAGACAUCUUUGAGAAUGUAAAGAUCAUAAAUCUUUGUGUGGCUAUAUCUGUACUUGUGGACCUAGAAAGGUACAAUAGUAGUUGUCUACAUCCUGCAUUCAUACUCAUGACCACCACAUGCUUAAUGUGCAGAAACUACCCAUUUUCUUUGUCUUUUUUUAUUGAAGAGAAACAGGAGGCUAUGGUAUUUUUCAUAUCAAUGUCCAAAAUAAAAGAUAAGACAUGCACAUACAUAUCUUUGUAAAGAAGAAAUGUUCUUCAGCUGCUGUCUCAGACUAAGUGCCAGUGUUUGCAGGUGUCCCUGUUGCUUCGCUAGUAAUUCCUCCACAUGUAAUGUGUGAACAGGCAGAGGGACACAGCAGUCUACACAGGAUCAAACACAACAGGGACUCUCCUGCACAGUACAGAAUGCCAGUAACUAAACUAGGAGAAAAGGGAGGAAACUGCAGGCAUAAACAGGGAAAAGAAAUGUAUUUUCUAUCUAUGAACUCUCUCUCCAGAUCCAAAGCAGAGUGGUUCUGUGCAUGAUUUGAUUCAGACCCAGAAAUACGUAAGUAGUUCAGCAAAACACACCUGCAGUGGGGCUCAGAAUCGUUUCCACGUCUCUUAAGAUAAAAGCUCAGGAAGUGGGAAACUGAUUGUGCCCUCUAUGGAAAUACUGCAUCAGCGUGGCAUGUUUUCAGCUGCUUUGUUUUGAGCCAAGUGAUGACAUAGUGUUAGCAUAUGAGCCAGUCGAAAAUCUGAUACUUCAAAUAAAUGCAGGUUUUAUUCCUCAUCAGCCAGGCUUUUGGUACACAUGUAUUUAAAGGCUUACCUCACAUAAAGCACUGACGGUUUGAUUCAGUUAGGUGUGAAUGAAUGUCACUUGCCUUAAGUCACCCCCUCCCCUCAGACAGUCAGGCCUCCCUGAGCUGCUGCAGUCGCUGACUGAACUGAGACAAACUGUUUCAUUUGACAGAACAAUACAUUUUAAGGGUGAAAUCUCAAAAAACAUUGCACUGAGGACUCAUUGUAAUCCAACUUCAAAUAACUGAACACUCUUCUCUUUUGUGAGGUGGCAAAAAUGGACAACCAAGUUCAGUUGACCCCAGAAUAACCAAUUGUUUUAAAAGGUGAGCUAGAUAACACUAAUGGUCUGUUUUCAAAGCAGAGUCUCAGAAGAUACAGCUGCGACGCUGCUCUCCACCGAGUCGGAUCUAGCACCUGAUGCUUUGCGCCUUCUCUGCAGGGGUGUGCUGUUCAGCAUUGUUGUCAAUCAGUCUGUUGAGCUUUUCAAGAGAGAGCUUAGUGAAUUUAAUCCGAGCAAAGCAGAAUUUUAUUUGGUGUGUUGUAAGUUAUGUGAAAAUGAGGAUGUUGUUGGUUGCCAUCACUACACAGACAAAAACACAUUUUACUGACGUUUUGGGUUAUUUCCCGUUUGAUGUGCUUCACUAAUGAUGUUGAACCAUGUUGUGUUGGCAUUUAACAAGUGUUCUUAAGCUAAGCACUUGUCUCCACUGCUUUACUAUCUCCUCUCAUUUACUGUUGUGUCCAGUGUAAACCCCCCACCCCCCUAACUAACUUAAAGGGCUAAAAUACAGGAGUGUGCCAACAUUUUUGUACAUUCCAAUGGAGACAUCUACACUGUAACUCCACUGUAACAAAUUAUUGUCUUUGUAGACUGUGGUGUAAAAAUAAGUACUGUAGAUGUCCGGCUUUCUACAAAGUAUUGAUGUCAAACUGCUGCCUCCUUUUGUGAAUUUAAAGGUAAGAUGGACAAUAACGAGUGGAUCUAGCGCAACAUUCCUGCCUUUCAUUCCAAAGUACCUACUGUAUCUGUCAAUGUGCUGUAGUGUUGUUACUAAUCAGGAAAAACUGCCACUGUGGUCAAGCCAAUGUUCAACCUUUCCAGAGGCCAUUCUCUCUUUCAUUCAAUAGAAAUAUAGCUGCAAACAGAUACUGCUAUUUAACAUGAUGCAAUUUGUA